UAGGGAGAAAGCCACAGCUUCCAGAUGGAGACAGUGAUGAUGAUACCAUAGCAGAUAUAACGAACAGGAAGAUGGCAAAGCUGUACAUGGUUUCAGAUGCAAGUGGAUCCAUGAGCGUGACAGUGGUGGCUGAGGAAAACCCCUUCUCCAUGGCUAUGCUGCUUUCUGAAGAAUGCUUUAUUUUGGACCAUGGUGCUGCAAAACAAAUUUUUGUAUGGAAAGGUAAAGAUGCUAAUCCCCAGGAGAGGAAGGCUGCAAUGAAGACAGCAGAAGACUUUCUACAGCAAAUGAACUAUUCCACCCAUACCCAGAUUCAGGUUCUUCCAGAAGGAGGUGAAACACCCAUGUUCAAACAGUUCUUUCGGGAUUGGAAAGAUAAAGAUCAGAGUGAAGGAUUCGGGAAAGUUUAUGUCACCGAGAAAGUGGCUCAAAUACGACAGAUUUCAUUCGAUGCCUCAAAAUUGCACACGUCCCCGCAGAUGGCAGCCAAGCAUAGCAUGGUGGAUGACGGUUCAGGCAAAGUGGAGAUUUGGCGUGUGGAAAACAAUGGUAGGGUCCAAAUUGACCAAAAUUCUUAUGGUGAAUUCUAUGGCGGUGACUGCUACAUUAUCCUCUACACUUAUUCCCGAGGACAGAUCAUCUACACUUGGCAAGGAGCCAAUGCCACAAGAGAUGAACUGACCACGUCUGCAUUCCUCACUGUUCAGUUGGAUCGGUCCCUGGGAGGCCAGGCUGUGCAGGUCAGAGUUUCCCAAGGCAAAGAACCUACUCACCUGCUAAGUUUGUUCAAAGACAAACCACUCAUUAUUUACAAGAAUGGAACAUCAAAGAAGGGAGGGCAAGCACCUGCUCCCCCUACACGUCUCUUCCAAGUACGGAGAAACCUGGCAUCCAUCACCAGGAUUGUGGAGGUCAAUGUGGAUGCAAAUUCAUUGAAUUCCAAUGAUGUCUUUGUCUUAAAACUGCCCCACAACAGUGGCUACAUCUGGAUAGGAAAAGGCGCUAGCCAGGAGGAGGCCAAAGGUGCAGAGUAUGUGGCAAAUGUGCUCAAAUGCAAAACAGCAAGGAUUCAGGAAGGCGAAGAGCCAGAGGAAUUCUGGAGCUCCCUUGGUGGGAAAAAGGAUUAUCAGACCUCACCUCUGCUGGAAACACAGGCUGAAGACCAUCCGCCUCGGCUCUAUGGCUGUUCCAACAAAACAGGAAGAUUCAUUAUUGAAGAGGUCCCAGGAGAGUUCACCCAGGAUGAUUUGGCAGAAGACGAUGUCAUGCUACUAGAUGCUUGGGAACAGAUAUUUAUUUGGAUUGGCAAGGAUGCCAAUGAAAUAGAGAAGAAAGAGUCACUGAAAUCUGCCAAAACAUACCUUGAGACAGACCCUUCAGGAAGAGAUAAGAGGACACCCAUUGUCAUCAUAAAGCAAGGCCAUGAGCCACUCACUUUCACGGGCUGGUUUCUGGGCUGGGAUUCCAGCAGGUGGUAAUCUGAUUUUUUGGAAACAAGCAAACAUCAGGGGCAUAUGAGGAGCAAGUGUCCCAUUGUUGUUGAGUGGGGAAAACUUUUUGUCUGUUUGUUUGGCUUUAGAAAUUAGCUUCAGCCAAAUGACUCUUUGCUGCUUCUUUUCUUUUCAAGGCCUACUAUUGCUUCAAAAUUCUAAAAGGACUUUUCUUGUAUCAACAUAUUGAAAUAACCUAAAAUAGACUCUUAUUAUGCGCCAAUGUUAGCUCUCCUGGAGACUGCCUUAUAACUUUAUAUAUGACCUUUCAAAAGCCAAAGACUCUGUAUUAUCUAAGAGAAUUUGUCAGGUAGGAUAUUUUAUAAUUCAGAUUUGUUCUUUACUGUGCCAGAUUCAGAUUUGUUCUUUAUUUGUUCUAUGCCAGAGAAGAGAAGAAAGCCUUAACAACUUUCCUCUAUUCUAUGUAUUUUUCUCUUUUCUAUGUAUUGUCUUAAGAAGAAUUGUGUAUUUGCAGUAUGGUUUAUAUUAAGGUGGCUUUAUAAACAUGUUAUUUUCCCUUUUUUGUCCUUUUGACUUUGAUGCCAUUGACAUCUUUCCUCUUCUCUUUUUUCUUCUUUUGUCUUUUUAGGGGAUUUUGAAAGCAGCUCUUCCAUAAUAAAUGGUAUUCUUAAUAGGUUAGCUAUUUGUGUUUGACAGUAAAUGUUUAAUGUCACCAAAAAUGUAAACAGAAAAAUGUCACUGAUGUUAUCUGUCAUCAUUAAAAUGUAUCUUUUGGUAAA